CAUUCCCCAUCACCAACAAAUCGGCUUCGCCAGCCGGAGGUCAAGGUCCGGGGCUGCUGCUGGUCUGGGAUGUGAUUGACCGAGCGAGGCCAAGCAACAUGGCAAGCAAACGAGCAAGGCACAGUGAGGUGGGUAUGCGCUAGGCACAACCCCCUCCCUCCCCGCUCCCCUUCCCACUCCUCUGGUGCCGCCUGACCUGGUCUGGUCUCCUUCUUUUUUCGCCUCCCGCUCUCCGGGGGGAGGGGGGUAAGGUCAUCCUCGUUGCGUUGGCUUCCGUGUCCGUUCCGUUUGUGACCCUGCUGGUGCCCACCGUCCGUCCAUCUUCGAUCCCCGGCCUUGCUCGACCAGCCGAAAAUCGAAGACGCCGCAUCAUCGCCCAGACGGAAGACCCUCUGCCGCCGAACCGCCGGACGGAACGAGCAGUGUAACGGCCGAUGCGCCGGGACAGACGCAUCAUACAGAGAAACACAGAGAGAGAGAGAAACAGCUCUACGACGACACACCACACCACACCGCUGCGGGAGAAGACACACAGGGGGGGAAGCUCGCACAAGAGAAUGAAGGCGCCCGCCGCGGCGGAGAAAGCAGCAGCCGUCACCAUCAACGACUCUGCUGCUGCUGCUGCUGCUGCUGCUGCUGCGUCGUCGGCCCAGGGGAACACCGCAACGCCGCCGGCGGCCCCUGGGUCGUCACCCAGCAGAGCACGCAUCGUCCCGACCGCUGCGAACAACACGACCACGACGACUACGAACAUGAUAUCGCCGCAGGGACGCAGGCAGGCCUCGAACCAGCCCCACGGCGGGAACCCUGCCUCGACUGCCCCUUCGGGAGGAGGAGGAGGGGGAGUCGUUCCCACCAUCGACACCACUACCUCACCCGUCAGCAGGGUAUCACGAGAGAGCAGGACGUCCCGGGAGAGUGGCAGCAAAGCCUCCAAAAAGAGCGGCAGACACGGAGGAAGAGUCGGCAGCAGCAGCGUAGCCGGCAGCAGAGGUAGCAAGGCAUCCAGCAAGGGCUCCUCGAGCGGCAAGCACGGUCACCGCUACUCCAAGCCGGCAUCAUCAGCAGCCCCGCGCGUCAUCCUCGGCCGCGGCGCCCUCGCCCGCCUCCCCGCCGAGCUCGCCCGCCUCGGCAUCUGCGCCCCGCUCAUCGUGUCCUCGCCCUCGCGCGUCGCCCUCGCGCGGCGCAUCCAGGCGACCCUCCUCCCCGCGCUCGACAGCCGAAUCCUCGACUCGGCCGUCGUGAGCGUCCCCGCCCGCGUCGUCGACCGCGCCCUCGAGCGCGGCGUCCAGGGCCGCGACGCCGUCGUCAGCGUCGGUGGCGCCUCGGCCGUCGGCCUUGCCGCCGCCAUCGCCCUGCGCAGGGGCGGCCUCCCGCACGUCUGCGUGCCGACCACGUACAGCGGCAGCGAGAUGAUGCCCUUGCUCUGCGACGCGAGCCCCGCGCGGCACAAUAUCCUCGUCGACGAUGGUGCGCCGUUUUCGCCCCUGGCGGCGGCGUCAUCGGUGGCGGCGGUGGCUCUGGCGGCGGGCGUUGCUGCCGAUGGAGACGAUGACCACGACGAUGAUGACGUCGACCGUGGCCAUCACGGUCGUCAUUCUCACCACCACGCGUUUCAACAGCAGCCGCAGCUGCAGUCCAAGGGCUCGUCGCGUAGGAGAAGGAGCUCCGGCGGCGGCGGCAGCGGCGCGACCACGAGCAUCAGGGACCCGCGCGUCGUGCCCACGCUCGUCAUCUAUGACGAGGACCUCACCGGCGGCGGCGCCCCGGAACGCUUCUCCGCGCCCUCGGGCAUCGCCGCGCGGGCCCGUGUCGACGACGCCUUUGCCGAUGCCGCCCACAGGAACAACGGCGGCGGCGCCAACAACGACGACGAGACGGCCGAAUGGAGCUACCUGCACCUGCCGGGCGUCUAA